GGAAGUUGAAAAAAAAACUCAGGCUGUAGUGGAGGAGCAGAGAACAAGGGCGGAACUGUUUCUUUUGAUUCCACUGGGUUUUUUAGAUCGUACCGGUCGAUUUUUUAGCACGUAUUAUCUUUUUUAUUAUAAUAACAAGGAUCAGGUCUGACGAAUGUGAAAGAAGAAGAGCACUUCGAGGAGUUUUUGCAGUAAAAGGAUGUCAAUGAGGCCUCGCAACAGGGAAAUCUGCGCUGAUUGCAGCGCCCCUGAGCCUCGAUGGGCCUCGAUCAAUAGAGGAGUGCUGAUCUGUGACGAGUGCUGCAGCAUACACCGAGGUCUGGGUCGUCACAGCUCGCAGGUCCGCCACCUGACUCACACUGCGUGGCCUGCCUCACAGUUACAGAUGGUCCAGACUUUAUAUAACAAUGGGGCGAAUUCCAUUUGGGAGCACAGCCUUCUUGACCCUUCCUCGAUUAUGAGUGGAAAACGCAAAGCCAAUCCACAGGACAGAGUGCACCCCAACAAAACAGAGUUCAUCAAGGCCAAGUACCAGAUGUUGGCGUUUGUUCAUCGAAUGCCAUGCCGCGAAGAUGACAGCGUGACUGCGAAGGAUCUGAGUAAACAACUUCACUCGAGCGUGCGGACCGGGAAUUUGGAGACGUGUCUCAGGCUGUUGUCAUUGGGAGCGCAAGCAAACUUUUUCCAUCCGGAGAAAGGGAACACUCCAUUACACGUGGCGGCUAAAGCAAGCCAGCUUCUCCAAGCCGAGCUACUCACGGUGUACGGAGCAGACCCCGGCGCUCCCGACAGCAGCGGAAACACUCCUAUAGAUUAUGCAAGACAAGCAGGGCAUCAGGAGCUCGCUGAUAGGUUGGUGGAGAUCCAGUAUGAACUGACUGACAGAUUAGCCUUCUACCUGUGUGGAAGAAAACCAGAUCAUAAAAACGGCCAGCAUUUCAUAAUUCCUCAGAUAGCAGACAGGAACGUCACUCUGGAUUUAACCGAAUUGGCGAAAGCUGCUAAAAAGAAACUUCAAUCACUCAGCAAUCAUCAGUUUGAAGAGCUUGCCAUGGAUGUUUACGAUGAGGUGGACCGAAGGGAAACUGACGCAGUGUGGCUAACAACUCAGAACCACAGCACUCUGGUGACUGAAACCACAGUCGUUCCUUUUCUCCCAGUCAACCCUGAAUACUCCUCUACCAGGAACCAGGGACGGCAGAAGCUGGCGAGGUUCAACGCUCACGAGUUCGCUACACUUGUGAUAGACAUUUUAACCGACGCAAAGCGCCGCCAGCAAGGGAAUUCCCCAGAUGUCAAGGUUUUGCUCUUUAAUAAAAGAAAAGAUAACGUAGAACUGAUUCUGAAAGAUAUAGGCAGCCGCCUCGGGAGUGAGAGCCAAGAGCCAGAACAGCCUGAUUAUGACAGCGUGGCAUCUGACGAAGAUGCGGAACGAGAGCCAGGCUCUGGGAAAGAUGAGAGGACCAAGAGCUCAGAGUCCUCCGACCUGUCCGACAGCCCCAUCACCAUGCAGGAGUUCAUGGAGGUGAAGAACGCCUUGAAUGCAUCCGAGGCUAAGAUCCAGCAGCUGCUGAAGGUCAACUGCCACCUGAGCGACGAGCUGAGGCACAUGCAGAGCAAGCUGAGCUCCCUGCAGAACGAGAACAGCAAUCUGAAAUGGCAGGGCGCCAACAGCCUGGCGCACCCGCAGGAGCCGCAGCGACGCGCCCCGCCCCGCGGAGGCAGAGCCAUGUCCAUGUACGAGACGGGCUCAGGCAUGAAGCACUACCAUGCCAGAGCAGACGGUACACAUCCCGAACCUGGCAGUCUCACCCUCCAGCCCCUACCUCCUGGUAUUGGGAAGGGUCCCUCCAUGGGUGCCUCCUCCCUCCCCACCUUCCCUUCCACCCUGUCCUGGGCGUGGGACGAGCGAGCCCCAAGGGGCUCCAGGGUGGAGGGAAAAAGCAGCACCUCUGAGAGCGACUACGAUAACACACCCAACCAUGCCGAGUUGGACAACUCCAGGCCAAGCGUUCCCAGAAGUGGUGGCCGGCUCGGCGAGGGAGCCAUCCCUGAAUCGGGCGACUUUGAGUGCGAGACGGAUUCGGCUUUGCCUUCCACUGAGGACGUCAUCAGCAAAACGGAACAGAUCACCAAGAACAUCCAGGAGUUACUGCGUGCUGCACAGGAGAACAAACAAGAGAGCUUUGUCCCAUGUUCUGAAAGAAUUCAUCUAGCUGUGACUGAAAUGGCCACCCUGUUUCCCAAGCGACCGAGUUCGGAGAUGGUGCGCGGCUCCCUGCGGUUGCUGACCUCCAGCGCCAGCCGACUGCAGGGCGAGUGUCAGCGUGCAGCGCCAGCCGACUCCUGCCCCACCGAUUCCCAACUGGUCACACAGCAGCUAAUCCAAUGCGCCUAUGACAUAGCUAAGGCCGCCAAGCAACUCGUCACCGUCACCACCAAAGAGAGCAAUUGAAAAAAAUAAAACAAAAAAAGCCGCUCGCUUUUUUUAAACCGUCCUUUUCAUUUCAAUGCGGAUGCUGCCACCCAGUCAUCACUGUUAUUUGUAUUUUUUUGUAUUUUAUUUUCCAGCAUCAGUAUUACGGAAAAAUAUUUGUAUGUUCUAUUUUUUAUUUAAAGUAAUUUGGUUCUUUUGUCCGGAAACCAAAAUUUUAAGUUAUAUCCUUGCCAUGGUAAUUAGUCUAUAGCAUUUCUAGCUGGGGUCCGUGCCGCUGUUCUCUGGUAACACGUCAAAUGGUUGUGCGACAGUGAAGUCUCUCUGUGGUAAUAAAGCUCAGCCAUGAUUUGUGAAUAUUUAGUCCUUCCUGUGUGAAAGAAAACCCACUUCAACCCUCAUCCUGUGACUUAACAAAUGUACAGUAUCAGAAAUAUACAAUGUCUUUACAUGUAAUGCGGAAGUCUAUAAGCUGUAAUACCUCAUAUAUAGAUAUACAUAUAUAUAAAUAGUUGACUGUGCCGGACCUCCUGUUACCAUGUUCCAGAGAUCCCAGGACUUUUUUAAACCCCUCAAACUCUGUUUAUUUCUGCUUUCUAUUCUGCUCUGUUCAAGUACUCUUUGUGUUUUGUUUAUUGGAUAAUGCUUCACUGGUUGUUUUCGCUUUGUUCGCUUUUUUUUUUUUUUUUGGUAAUUGUGCUUUGUGCAAUUAUGAAUGGAGAUUCAUCCAAAGGAUGUGUGUGUUCAGUUGCCUUGUCUUUCAAAAUCCAUCAGCAGUUGCGCUUGUGAUUUCUUUCUGUGGUGCUAAUAGUGUCCUCAUACUCUUCAGUAUAUUGUAUAAUAUAUAUAUAUAUAAAUGCUGCUACGCUGUCUCGUACAUAUGCAACUAAAUAAGGCGGUGUUGGCUCAGUCUCAUCUGCAUACAGGGAUAACAAGUACCAUGAUGGUUUAGCUUCUGUGAAAACCUUGCCAUUGAAUAAAUAAACCAGAAUUUAUUAA